CCAUUACUCUACCGCCGCAAAUUUUCUAGCACGCAUCAAAUAUAUUAAGGAGACUAAUGGUUUGAGUAAAAUGCCUAUGAUCUAUGUACCAAUAUGGUGGAUUUUGAAGCUAAGCAAUGGUUAAAUGAUCCUAACGUUCUGGAGUACUUCAAUAACAUUCAAUUGGAUUUGCUGAGUACAUGGAGCACAAGAUUUUUAUGAUGCUUCAGCUCGGACAUCUAAAACCAAGCGCUCAGCUGGAUGUGGUAGAAAUGGCACUUAUUUUAAACAUCAUAAAUGACAUUAAGUUUUUGUGUGUCAAAGUAUAAUAUUGGGAUAAAUGGAACUUCCACUGAUGCUUAGGAACCUCCUAACUCUAAAAGAUGACCAGCAACUUCAAUAGAUCCCUCAGUGAAAGCCAGCAUUUGAUCAUAAAUCUAUUAAGAGCACUCAAAACAUAGAAAGGCUCUGAUAAUAGGAGGUCCUUGAGGAUUAGGAUGAUCCUCAGCACCAGUGAAAGUAAAAGUAUCAUUAAUAUGCUAUUUAAAAGAAUAUGCAAUGUGAGUGAUGCAAACAAAAAUACUUAGCUUCUGUUUGAGAACGUCUUUGAUUUUCGUUUGGUUACACUGAAUGCUGCCGCCUGAAAGAAUUUACGGUGACAGACGUCAGAUAUUGCAUCACAAGAACAUCAAAAUUUUAUCAUUUUAGAAGGGAGAUAACAAGUCUAGGUCAACGCAACUUUCUAAAGAACUUGACGGAUUCAAAUGAAACCUUAAGCUUGCUUAGUUUGAUUCCACUUGCCACAAGCAAGAAACUACGCACCUCGAAACGAACAGCAGCUAAAAAACAAAACCAGAAUAGUUAGAAUUCUUCCUCCUUCCUUCCACCUUCCACUCUUGCCCAAUACAACAAAUCCCUCCCUCUCUCACUCUCUCUCUCUCUCUCAAUUUCCCUCAAUCAUGGAUUCAAUCGCCCAUGCACGGCUUGCUCUCUCUCUCCUUCUCCUCCACUCUCUCUUCUCUCCAUCCCUAUCUUCUAAUCCUCUGCGCCAUCUUCUACAAUCCGUCCCUCCUCCCCAAAACAUCCCGACUGCCCCCUCCACCACUGUCCCCCCUCUCCCCAUCUCUCCUCCCCUUCCCUCCUCUCCUUCACCGUCAGCACACAAUUCCACCAACAGAAAAAUAGCCACUGCGGUGGUAGCCACGGCCGCAAGCAGCUUCCUCCUCUCCGGCCUCCUCUUCUUCGCCUUUCUCCACUUCACCGCCAAACGCCGCCAGCUAAAACCCGGCCCUUUACCGCCCUUCCGGCCCAUACCGGAAGCCGCUCUCAAGGGCGCAAUCUCCGAUGAAAAUGGCCUCGAUGUCCUCUACUGGAGAAGCCUCGAUGACGCCGGACCGAGGCGCUGCGAUCAUUGCAACAGUCUUCUUCGAAAAUCGCCUGGCGAGGAAUACCGCCUCUUUCCGGUGAAGCAGGACGAACGCCAACACCAAAAAGUCCCUCUUUUACCUUCCGACUCUAUCAAUUCGUCUUCCACGGCGUUCGCCGCCCAGCCACCGAGUACUCCUCCGCCUCCAACUCCGCCUCCGCCGCCGCCGCCGAGUGCUCCUCCGCCGCCACCUUCGAAGCCUCCCGCGCCUCCAAAGCCGCCCGGGCCUCCGGCGCCACCGGCUAAAAAGGGGCAGGGAACGCCCCCUCCGCCGCCUGCCCGGCGAGGAGGAGGUCCACCGUUGCCUCCGGGAUCUUCAUCGAAACCGCCGCCGGUGCCGGAUGGGGGGAAGGAACGACCUAGGAUGAAGCCGCUGCACUGGGACAAGGUGACGCCGGCCAACGCGGGGCAUUCAAUGGUUUGGGACAAGAUCACCGACGGAUCAAUUAGGUUCGAUGAUGAUAUGAUGCAAGAACUAUUCGGCUACGCCACCACCAACCGCAAAUCACCGAAUUCCAACUCCGCCGCCAUUAAACCAAGCUCCCUCACCAUCAUCCCCAACCCCCCUCAAAUCCGCCUCCUAGAACCACGCAAAUCGCAGAACAUAUCCAUCAUCCUCCGCACCCUUGCCGUCAGCCGCGAGGAGAUCCUUGAAGGCCUCCAAGACGGCCAGUCGCUCGCCGCCGACACGCUGGAUAAGCUCUCCCGGAUCGCCCCCACUCCUGAAGAGGAAUCGACAAUCCUUUCCUUUACCGGCAACCCAUCUCACCUCGCCGAUGCUGAAUCCUUCCUCUUCCGCAUCCUCCGCACCAUCCCCGCCGCGUUUCCCCGCAUCUCCGCCCUCCGUUUCCGCCGAUCCAUCUACGAACCCGAGAUCCUUCACCUCAAGCAGUCUUUACAAACGCUCGAUCUCGCCUGCAACGAGCUCCGUACCAAAGUUCUAUUCAUCAAGCUCCUGGAAGCCAUUCUUAAGGCCGGGAACAGGAUGAACGCCGGAACAGCGCGUGGAAACGCGCAGGCGUUCGAUCUCACCGCCCUCCGUAAGCUCGCGGACGUCAAGAGCACGGAUGGGAAAACCACUCUGCUCCACUUCGUCGUCGAAGAGGUUGUGCGGUCCGAAGGAAAGCGUUGCGCCGCCGUCAAUCGCAGCAACAGUUUCCGGCGAUCAGCGAGCCGGAAUGCUAGGAGCUCGGUGGAGCAGGAAGGGCAUCGGCAGGCCAGGCAGGAUAAGGAAAGGGAGUAUAUGAUGCUGGGUCUACCCAUCGUUGGGGGACUCAGUGUAGAUUUUGCUAAUGUGAAAAAAGCCGCCGCAAUCGACCACGAUUCCGUCUCAAGCGGUUGCGAAUCCCUAACGGCACGAGUUGCGGAGAUCCGGCAGUUGAUGGGAAGUUGGAAGGAUGAUGAAGGGGAAUUCGUGAAGGAAAUGAGGAGGUUCGUUGAUGCGGCGGUGGAAGAGAUUGAAAAGGUUAAGGAGGAGAAGAACAGCGUGAUGGAUAAGGUGAGGAGGACGAUCGAGUACUAUCAGCCGGCGGCGUCGAAGGACAAGGGGGCCAAGCAGCUUCAGCUGUUUGUUAUAGUGAGAGAUUUCUUGGGGAUGGUAGAUCAGGCUUGUGUUGAUAUUACCAGGAAUCUGCAGAAGAAGAAGCAGCAGCGGCCGACGCCGCCUCCGCCUCAGCCGUCGAUUGAGGAAGCGCCGGUAAGAUCGCCGGAAAAAUUGCCGGUGGGAAGACUGGCGUCGGUGAAGGAGGAGAGGAUUACUACCAGGUUUCCAAACUUGCCGGCUCGGUUCCUGUCCGAUAAUUCAUUGACCGGUUCUGAUUCGGAGGAGGAAGAAGAUAGCUUUUGAGAGGACUUCUUUUUCAAUACUAUAAAGUUUGCAUUAUUAACAUUUUAAUUGGUUUAUGAAAGAAAAAAAGAUUUUGCAAAUUUAAUUUCAAUGCUUUGGGGCGGAUUUGUAGCCACGGUUUGAGUAAGA